ACGCAGGGCGGGGGGGGAGGGGACGACGCUGCGUGCGGCGCCACUGGGCAUGCGGGCUCGCUGUUGUUGCUGGUGAAAGAUGACUGAUCCAGACGUAGUGACUGAAGUGCCUGCAGCUUUGAAACGACUUGCCAAAUAUGUUGUGAGAGGAUUUUACGGGCUUGAGCACGCGCUAGCUUUGGAUAUCCUUAUUAGGAACCCCUGUGUCAAAGAAGAGGACAUGUUGGAGCUGCUGAAAUUUGACCGGAAACAACUGCGAUCGGUUUUGAACACAUUGAAAAGCGACAAAUUUAUUAAAAGUAGAAUGCGAGUUGAAACUGCUCCUGACGGUAAAACCACGAGACAUAAUUACUACUUCAUAAACUACCGUCUCCUGGUGAAUGUGGUCAAGUACAAACUAGACCACAUGAGGCGAAGGAUUGAGACAGAUGAACGAGACUCCACAAACAGAGCCUCUUUUAAAUGCCCCAACUGCUACAAGACGUUCACGGACUUGGAGGCCAACCAACUAUUUGAUCUCAUGACAGGAACCUUCCGAUGCACUUUCUGUCAAACUGAGGUUGAAGAGGAUGAAUCUGCGUUACCAAAGAAGGACGCCAGAACACUUUUGGCAAGGUUCAAUGAACAGAUUGAACCAAUCUAUGCUCUACUGCGUGAAACUGAAGAUGUUAACCUGGCUUAUGAAAUCCUGGAGCCAGAACCGACAGAAAUUCCGUCACUCAGAGCAAGUCAACGAGCCCAAGGUGCUGGCUGUAAUAUGAAUUCCCAGAAAGAACUCUGGGCUAACAAAGGGCCCACUUACGAGGAUCUGUACACUCAACAAGUGAUCAUCAACAUGGAGGAACAGGAUGUCCAGCACAAAGUUGCUUCUGAUGGCAAGCCUGUUAAGGAGAGACCAAUUUGGAUGCGAGAGAGCACUGUCCGAGGUGGCUUCACCGACUCGGAGGAACUCCAAGAAGGCGACAUGGACGCUGACCCGUACCACGACCUUGACGGAAAAGGCAACCCGCUGGAAGCAAACGAGGAGGUCAUGCAGACGCUGCUCAUCCACGAGAAAAAGAGCACAUCGGCCGCCGCAGCUGCCGCAGCCGCCGCCAUCCCAGCCACGAACGCCAGCGACUCUGAGAGCGACACGAGCGAGUCUGAGGACGAGUUGCCCCGGCCGCAGGCCAUGGCCAUGUCGGCGGCGGCGGCGUUCCCGGUGGUGACCGGCGCCGAGGAGGACGAGGAGUUUGAGGACGAGCCGACAGUCCUGGUGGCAGGGCAGCCCUACUCCUACAGUCAGGUCAGUCAGUGCGAGGGGUUAGUGGCACAGAUGACGGCCGAAGAGAAGGAAGCCUACAUCGCCAUGGGGCAGCGAAUAUUCCAGGAUAUGUACGAAUGACCUGUCGCCACAGCACCAACAUCUUUAACCUUCUUAAAUACGUCCUGUGGGUUGUAUUAGUCAGUGUUUCCACAGUUUUAAAUAUAUCUGCCAAAGUGUUAUGACAGCAUUCCUUCCUCAACUAAAUUACAAGCUGUAGAAGUAUUUUAAAGUCAAAAGUAUUUUUAGAAUGCUAAAAUGCCGUGGUGCCCUAAAACCUUGAUAUUAUUUAUUUUGUGUUCAUUCCUUUUAUUGUGUAAUUCUCUCCAGUGGCCUUUAAAUCCUUCUUUCACCAACUUACCCUUUCAUUCCGCUCAUGCUUGGGGUAUACUAAUUGCUGACUGUGCUCACUGAAGUAUUUCUCGAAAAAAUGAUUGAUCAAUCUUAUUGCCUCUGCAAUUCAACUAAAACUUCCUUUACUCUCGGGCAUUCAAAUUGGAAAUAUUCCGGGGUGAAUUUCUAGUUGUUCCCAGAUUGAACCUUGAGAAGGAUGCACGGGUUAGAUGUUUUCCCAGUUUGGCGAGGGGAAAUCAAGCCAGAUUGCUGAAUUUAAUUUCUAGUUAUUCAUUCAUCCUUUCUGGAGCUUUUUAUCCUGAGGUGAUGAAUGCAGAGAAAGUUCAUGGUAUUGUCCUUGAUGUAGCUACUGGCAUUCAGUAUCUAGGCAUGAAAACCUACAUGACUUGCCAGAUGUUAUGCAAUUGUAUCUUAAUGACCAGGAAGAAAAGGAGAAAAUACGGACAGAAUUUUCUUUUUCCCCCCAAGUUGAAAAUAUUUUAGAUUCUAGAGCAGUGCAGUUUUACAGUGAGUUGGGCAUGUGCCAAAUCAUACUUGCUUGGGGCAAAAUUUAAAUAUAUGGUCUUUAAAUGCCAUCUGCAUUUUUACGAUUCAUUUCCAAUACAAUAGUUGAAAUUUUAAAAUGGCUCCUUAAGUUUUUAUAAUUGCUCAACAGAAUAAUUCAGUUUUUAAUAGUUUUAACCCGGUUUGGUUUCCAAGCUCGACUACUAAUCUGUGUUGAAUAGCCAUUGCUGGAAGUACUCAGCAGUUCAGUUAGCUUUUGUCGUGGGGAAAAUAUAGUUAACAAUACAGGUCAAUGGUCUUUAGUGAGCAGUAAAACAGCAGCAACCUCCCUCUGUGGAUGCUGCCUGACCAGCCAAAUAUUUCCAGUAUUUCCGUUAACAUCAGAUAUCCACCAUAUAUUAUCUUUUGUUUUAGCUAUUCAAAAAGCCAGUGCUCAUUUUUUGAAGAUAAAGGUGCCAGUUCACUUAUCAAUUCAAAUUUAAGCCACGUUCAUCAACAAUUAUUUCCCUUUCCAUAUUAAAAAAAUUAAGCAUAUUGUUACGAUAAUAUACAUUAAACACUUUUUAGAGAUGCUGGUAUGCCAUCACCACAAUAGCACUGCAAAUAGCUGACAGACAACUUCCUUGCUCCACGCUGUUCAACUUAAUUUCUAUCCGUUCCUUCAUGCCUUCACUUAAAUCAGUCACAUCUAUGACAUUGUUCUUUCUUAACUCCAUUGA